ACGGAGAGGAGAAAAAGGCGGCGGCGGCGGCGGCGGCUGCUGGAAACCCUAGCAAUCUCCGUCGAGAAGGGAUCUGAUCGAUCAGUGCUACUGACUGACUGACUGACUGACUGACUAAUCAAUGGAGGAGGGAGGGGAGGAGAUUCAGCAGAAGCGGCGCCCUUCAGAAGAAGAAGAACAAGAAGAAGGCCCCAAGUCCCAGCCCCAGCAGCCCCAGCAGCCCCAGCAGCAGCAAGGCGGCGGCGGAUGGCGAGGUUGGGGCAUCUCUUCUCUGUCCGUCUUCUCCGACCUCCAGAAGGCCGCCGAAGAGAUCUCUCGAAAUGCGGUUGAGGUUGCCAAGAAUGCGGCGAAAGGCAUCACGGAGAUGCAGCAGCCUUCUUCUCCCGCCGCCACUGCCGACCCUUCGGAAUCUGCCGCCGAGCACGAUGCUUCCGACCUCGGCGGGGAGGAGAGCGAGAGCGAGAGCGAUGGCGAUCGGCUCCGGCGCUCCGCCCUCGACAGACUCGAGAAAGCCGGCGAGGAUUCUCUCCUUGGCCAGGGUCUUAAAGCCUUUGACAGUUCUGUGGAGAGCUUCACAUCGGGCACAUGGACUGCGUUAGGUAGCGCUUGGAAGGGGGGUUCCAACCUUGUCCACAUGCUGGAAAGUUCAGCUGCAAACCUUGCAGAUACCAUUCAGCAAGGUAGUCUGCCGGCUAAAGCCUCGUCUCUUGCACCAUCUAUUAUAGAGACGGGAAAGUCGUUUACAGCAAAGGGUAUGGAAGUGCUCGAGCGCGUUGGGAAAGAGACCAUGGAACUGCUUAUUGAAGAGACUGGUCUCGAAGUGGAGCAGAGCCAUGAUGAGGUCGAUCAGCAAGCUGAAGAGGAACAGUUUGAGGAAGUAACAUUUGAUAGAUGCUUCUAUAUCUAUGGAGGUCCUGAUCAGCUAGAGGAACUUGAAGCAUUGUCAAGCCACUACGCGUUGUUAUUCAACAGGAGGAAGGCAAAACUAUUAUCUGAGCAAAAAUCAUUCUACGACGGAAAACUUAAGGAGAUCCAGCAGAUCUUCAAUCUAGGUACCGAAUACGAGGAAAGCGGACAAGAUUCGGAUAAAGGAAAAGGCAUUGAAACAGCAGAUAUUGACGGGGAUGUGGAAAUGAAAAAAUUGCGUGACUCAAGUGUCAGCAAGGCUGCUAAUAUGGCUGCAGGGUUCACAUCUGCCCUAGGAGGUCUUGCUGCAAACGAAAUCAUGCAACGAACUACUGAUAGACUAGAAACUCUUCAUUCAGAGGGUGUUCAUAGACUGUCAGAGCUUUGUUGCUUUGCAGUAUCGCAGCUCCUGACGCUUGGAAAGUCGGUUAUCUCUAGUGCAAACAAAGCGAAGAGUGAGGAAUCAGAUGGAGAUAAUGAAAAGAUUGACUGGCCUGAAGAUUCUGUUCUAAAAGCUAAGAUUAUCAGAUUCAAGGCCCAGUCCAUGUCUGGGGAUGUGGAAAGAGUUUCUAGCAGUUUCAUGACAGGGAUCUCGGACAUAAUAGAAGCUUAUCUAGCAGCCAUACAAAGUGCCUCCUCUGAUAAACAGGAUGGCCUUCCGCAGCAGAAGUCGAUACAAGAAAAAGCUAAUGCAAUAUCCUAUCAUCUCCGUGCUGAUCAAACAAGUGCACUAGGCAAGAUACAAGAUGCGCUCCAGUACCUAGCGUAUGUGGUUCUCUCUACGUCGAUGCCAAGUGUAUGAUAUUAACCCCCUGAUUAUAGUUAUCUGCUCGAGUCAUUCCAUUUGCGUGCCAAUAGUGUCUGUACAUGAGCUAGCAAUAUUUCCUGCUUUGACAUUUAGAGUUAGUGCGACCUUAUUAGGUGAUAUUGAGAUUACUCAGAUUACACUUGUUUGUUAUGGCUUGCCCUUUUCUGUUCUUUUCUUUUUUCUGUCUUUCUGAAAUGCCCGGGCAGUAUGAGCUGGCAUUUUGCGCCCCCCCCCCCUACAAAAUAUCUCCUGAUUUUGUUUCUCUUGUAAUUUUUUUUGGAUUCUUAUGUUUUACAACCAUACUUGGUGUAAGUUACAUCAUUUGUGUCUGAUCAAAUUAUGGAAUUUCUCCAAACGUCA